AUGGUCUGGGAAAUCCUGGCCAUGUUUGCCUUGCUCAUCGAGGUUUUGACCGCGCCUCUGCAAGUGUACGAUAUCAGCGGAGACGUUCGCCAUGUCGGCGACAUCCUCCAGUGGACGACCACGGGUUAUUGGGUCUUGGACGUGCCUGCAUCAUUCUUUACCGCGGUCUACAUCAAUGACAUCCUGCACACGAAGCUUGCAGACGUGGCUCGCGUGUACCUGAGGUCUUGGUUCUGGUUCGACAUGCUCAUGCUGACGCCCGAAGUGCUGUUUUUUGUCAACAUGCUCUCGCAGCCGGAGGGCGGUGAGACUGAAGAUCCGGCAGCCUCGGGCUUGCUCCGCGCCUUGAGAGCCCGACGCCUGGUGCGGGUCAUCCGGCUUGCUCGCAUUAUGAGAUUCCGCAAAGCCAUGAAUUUGGUGAAGAAGUUGGGUUGCUACAAGAAUUGUUUUCGAUCCUUCUUCCAGGGCUGGAUGUCUUCUUCACUUCUCCCCAUUCUUUGCCUGAUGUUUGGUCUUGGGAUCGCAGUGCACUUCCUGGCGAGCUUGUGGUUUGUCGCAGGCACCGUCGAGCAUGGCUGGGCAUUUGUUGAAGGUUUGCACGAGGCCCCCUUCUUCCAACAAUAUGUGAGAAGCAUUGAGUGGGCCGUGUCUAGGUUGCCUGCAUCUUCCUUGCGAGCCAAUGUGGAGCUCCAUACUGCCUUCGAGCGCUGGCUGGCCAUUUUGGCCACAUUUGCAUCCUUGUGCAUAUCCUCCUUGUUCAUCAGCGUCUUGACCAACUUGAUGGCAGACGUUGCUCGACGGACACGAAAGAUGGCCCAGAUCCUUGAGUCUGUCAGGAAGUACUGCGGAACAUGCGGGGUUUCCUAUGCCCACACCAUGAAGGUCCGAAGGCUGGUGGAGAGGGAACACUGCCGGGCCAGCAUCCAGGACCACAUGCAAUUCUUGCUGACCCUACCCGAGGGCCUCGUCAGGGAGCUCUUCCACGAGGCCCGGUCUCUGACCCUGGCCUGCCAUCCCUUCUUCCUGGAGAUCGGCGCUGCGAACACCACCAUGGAGCUCCAGCUCUGCAACCGGGCGGCGAAAGAGCUCUACCUGCUUGAGCAUGAUGAUGUCUUCAACGCAAAUCAGAAAGGGCUGGGGAUCUACAUCCUGGCGUCGGGAGCCGCCACGUACCUUCAAGGGACCGAGUUCUUCCAGCCGCAGACAACACCGUUCACACCCUUUGAUAAAGUUCGUGCAGCAUCCGGAAACAUAUCGGGCAACGCCGGAAUCAUCGCUCGGCGAUUCCUGAAUGUUGUCGCCCGAACGCGGGAGAACCUUGCCGUUGCACCAGAACCAACGGACCAGGUUACACACCUGGGCUCGGACCGGCUCACUCGCCGGUCCGACUCCGGUUCGAAGCGUGACGUUCCCGUGGAGGCAGAUGAGUACCUGAGUGAGCAGUCCUUGUGGAUCCGAGGUUGGAAACAUCAGGGGCGGAUGGAGGCCACGGUGGAAAGUCGAGCCUUGCACUUGCUCACCACGGAGAUGCGAGCGGUGCUGCAGGAUCAUUCCGACGCGCUCGCAGUGGCUGUGGUCUACGCGCGCUCCUUCGUGGAGACGAUGAAUCGAUUGUCCCCGGACGAGAUCUCAGAUCUACCACUUCAACAGAGAAUGUGGGAGUUGCCCGAGGGGCCGUACCGUGCUUCCUGCUUUGGCCGCAGCCGCGUGGAGAAGCCCUUGCAUCAGCUUGGCUUGGCUGAGCCAUGGAGGCGGAGGCUAUUCAGUUUUCUGGUCCUGGCCCUUGCCCAGCCGCUUUUGCGGGGUGCCUGGCCAGAGUCCGUUGGUCAAGAGGGAGAACCGAACUUCAAGAAGUGUGGAGGACCCAGCAACCCCAAGACCGCCUCGAGGUUCAGCCUUGCCGCGCCCACGCAGAGCUUUGUGGAGAUCCUGAUGCAGAUUCAGGCGCUCCAAACGAAGUUGCUCCAAGUCUACGAAGCAGAUGUGGUCGACCAGACGCAGCCGUUGAACCUCCCCGUCGGCCCUUUAGUCCUCUCAGUUUUGCAUCAGCUGGGGUCGAAGUCACUGAAGCUGAAGUUCUCUUCGAAGCAGCUGGCCGUGUCGAAGCCCAGGAAAGGUUCCAUUUCUGGAUCGAACGUCUCCAGUGACAACGAGCCGCAAAUGAACCAUCAGGCCUCGCGCGCCCACGACCACUUCGGGGGCUCAUCGCAGGAUCCGGCGGUCAUCGGAGAAAGUCAAAGGAUCGUCUGGGAUCUCUUGGCUAUGCUCGCCUUAUUCCUGGAGACCCCGGAUCUGGGAAGACUGGGUCUCUCCCUGCUCUCGCGGAAAGAGGCCGCGCCAGAAAGGGGUACCCCCCCCAUUGUGUGGUAUGGCUACCUGGCUACCUGGCUACCUGGCUACCUGGCUACCUGGCUACCUUACCAAACCUGGCUACCUGGCUACCUUGCCAAGGCAUCCUUCCUGACCGCGGUCUACAUCAACGACAUCCUGCACACGAAGCUCGCGGACGUGGCGUGGGCAUAUCUCAGGUCUUGGUUCUUCUUCGACCUGCUCAUGUUGGCACCGGAGGUGCUGUUUUUGAUCAACAUGCUUUCGCAGCCGGAGGGGGGUGAGGUCGAAGAUCCAGCUGCGUCCGGCUUGCUGCGCGCCUUGCGAGCUAGGCGUCUUCUGAAGGUUGUUCGUUUCGUUCGCCUUCUGCGAUUCCGGAAGGCCUUCGUUCUUCUGAAGAAGUUCAGCUGCUGCCGGUACAUGCAGGUUUUAUUCAACGGCUGGAUCUCUUCUGCUCUUGUACCAGUCCUUUGCCUGAUGUUUGGUCUUGGGAUCGCAGUGCACUUCCUGGCGAGCCUGUGGUUUGUCGCAGGCACCGUCGAGCAUGGCUGGGCAUUUGUUGAAGGUCUGCACGAGGUCAGAAGGCUGGUGGAGAGGGACCACUUUCGGGCCAGCAUCCAGGAGCACAUGCAAUUCUUGCUGACCCUUCCUGAGGGUCUUGUAAAGGAGCUUUUCCACGAAGCCCGCUCGCUGACACUGGCGUCUCAUCCCUUCUUCCUCGAGAUAGGGGCCGCCAACACCAGAAUGGAGCUGGAGCUGUGCAACAGCGCAACAAAAGAGCUCUACCUCCUUGACCUUGAUGAGGUGUUCCAUGAGAAUCAGAAAGGUCAAGGAAUCUACUUCUUGGCGUCGGGCGCGGGCAGGUACACUCAAGGCCUCCUCAGCCCGGAACACCCGAAUCUCUUCAGCUACACCCUGCCAACAGUUUGA